ACAAUAAAACAGAUUGAUUGCUAUUUCCUUUUUUGUCUCUACGCUAACGUGCAGCUUCACGUAUAUGUAGCAUAAGCUUCAAGCUAUCAAGGCCAAAAUGGGUUCAGCUGAGGAUGAGUUCACCCCACUUUCUCAGUUAAAAUACGGAAUUGGAAACUGUAAAGUGCGGGUGCGCAUCUCGCGGUUAUGGGAGUCCUUCAAUCCGAAAAAUGACAUUUCGUUCGGCCUUGAUAGCCUUCUGAUCGAUGACCAGGGUAAAACUAUGCAGGCCCGUGUAGAUCCCGACAAUAUAGACCUGUUUGAAGAUCAGCUAGUUGAAGGGAAGGUGUAUGAAUUAUCAGAUUUUACAGUUGAUGUUAGGAGGGAAGACUACAUGACCUGUAGCAAUGAGUGGACCAUGUACUUUCGACGGCAGACAGUGGUCAAGGAGAUACAAGGAGAUAUUGAUUCCAUACCCCUCCACAGCUUUGAGUUUGUUAAGUUUAAGGACCUCCGUUCCAGGUGUGACGACAAGAGCUUGUUAACAGAUGUUCUGGGCCACAUCGUAUAUGUUGGGGAGCAGCAGGAGGUCUCGAAAAAAUCCCGCCGCAUAGAAAUUUGCAAUGCAAGUAUUCGAGAUUUGAGAGGAAGGAAUCUGAGUGUCACACUGUAUGGAGAUAUCGCCUGCGGUUUUGCUGAGGAUAUGCUCGAGAAAGGCCUAGAGUCCUCAGUUAUUGCUGUCUUUGCAGGAAUGCGCGUUGAAUCCACACAUUCAGUUUGCUCUACAACAUCUUCAAAGUACUAUCUAGAUUUGGAUAUACCAGAGGUGCAAGAAUUCUGUGAGAGUUUGCGCAUUCAGCAAGCAAACCCUGCUCCAGAAAAGACCCCAGCUCAGAAGUUAGCCGAGAGUUGGCGAACAAUCGAACAGAUAAAGAGCCUCGAUCCAGAGGAGUACGACGAGGAUACUAUGUUCUUGUGCAGGGUCUCCCUGCUUGAUAUAGAUUGCACCAGUGGCUGGUGUUAUGCUGGAUGCGAAUUCUGCCAGAAGUCAAUGGGCAGGAACCCAAGAAAAUACAGGUGCAUCCGGUGUGGCCCAGUUAAGAGGCCAGUUCAAAUGUACAAGCUAAAGGCGAAGGUGCAAGAUGCUACUGGCACAAUGGAUUUGAUGAUCUUCUGUGAUGUGGCUGAGAAGCUGGUUGGUGUCUCUGCCGAGGAACUCGUCGAUGAGAUCGAGGAUGAUGACGAUUGGUACACACUGCCGGAAGAAAUCGAGGAUCUUCUUGGCUCGACCCACACCUUCCAAGUAUUUGACAAGUAUGGUCACGGGAGCUUCUCGGUGAAUUCCAUCAUGGACCAUGUUAGCCCUCCAGUCGCUGCUGCCACCGCUACCCAAUCCAAGGAGGAGCCUGACCCCAGCCUGAGCUUGAGCCUGACCCCAACCACGACUCAAUGCAAGGAGGGGCCUGUUCCUGAGGGCAGCGCUCCAGCUGCAGAAGCACGGUCGAAGUCCGCUAGACUCCAGAAGCCCAACAAGCGUCUGCGUGGAGACGACUGGAUCAACUAAGCGGAUUGGGCCAUUCUGCAACUCGUUUUAGUGUAUCUAGGCUAAUGCAUCCUCUAGGAAUAGGAUUAGGCAAUGGACCCUUCUGUUCCCUUCUACCCCGGAACAGCUAUCUACUGCUGAGACUCGAUUUAGUUCAAGUGCUGGGUGACUGUGACUCGAUUUAGUUUAAGUGCUGCGUGACUGUGACUUGAUUUAGAGUGCUGGGUGACAGAUCUUUAAACCCUUUGAACAAUGCUUAGCUCAUUUGUUAGUGGAAUAUGUGAUUCAC